AUGAAUGGGCAAGGUAAUUGUAGAAGGAUAAUCAUUUGGAAAACUAGACAUCUACGAAAUAUACAAUAUAGUAAGUAUUGUGAUGUUUGCAGAGGUGCUACGUUAUUUUCAACUGCAAGAGGUAGGAUUGAAGAAGGUAUAGAUUUUGAGAUUCAUUAUGAAAGAUGUAUUGUUGUGUUUGAAUUUCCAGCUUUGAGCAGUAAAGACACUUUGAUUUUUGAGAAACAUAGAUCUUUAGAAAUUUAAAAUAGACAAAUAAGUUUAUUGAAUUUGAUGCAACGACAUAAACAGGCUAAUUUUUGGUUAGAGUUCUAAGAGGUAAGCAAAUUAUUGAAUUAUGAGCAUAGUUGAUUGAGAUUUGGUUAGAAAGUAAAUUACAAAAAAAAAUGCCAUUAUGGAUUUAUAAAUAAUUAGAAGAAUGUCCAAAUUUUAUAAAUGAGACCUAGUUCGAAAUUUCUUUAAAAUUGUAUUANACCAUUAACUGUAGUGAUAGAAAGUUUAAGAACAUCAAGUUCAAAGAUGGGACUAGAUGUUAAAUUAUAGAGAUAUGA